AUGGCCGGGCUCCUCGAACCCAGCGCGGCCCAGACCAUGCGCGAACGUCACGACGAGUCGGACAACGCUUCGGCCGCCAUGAGCUUGAGGGCCCUCAGCACGAAGCGCGACACCGGUAGAGGCCCGAGAAAGUUGAUCCUCUGCUUCGACGGAACAGGCAACAAGUUCCACGGCGACGAGAGCGACAGCAACAUUCUCAAGAUAUUUCGCAUGCUUGACCGGACGGCCGGAGACCAGUACCACUACUAUCAACCCGGCAUCGGAACCUACGUCGUCUCCGGCUCCCUCUCCCACACGGGCAUUCAGGCCCGCGUAAAGUCGUGGUACCAAAAGGCCAAGGACUCGGCCAUCGGCUCCUCCUUUGACCAGCAUGUCGUCGGCGGAUACCGUUUCCUCAUGCGCUUCUACAACCCGGGAGACGAAAUUUACAUGUUCGGCUUCAGCAGGGGCGCCUACAUUGCCCGCUUCCUCGCCGAGAUGCUCGACCACAUCGGCCUGCUGUCCCACGGCAACGAGGAGAUGGUCCGCUUCGCCUGGAAGGCCUUUGCCCAGUGGCAGAGUCGCCGGCCGUCGUCCGACGACGACGAGGACGACGACGAGGAGAGCGAGCACGAGAAGAAGACGCGCAAGAUGCACGAGUUCAUGAAGGGCUUCCGCGAGACCUUCUCGAGACCCGUCGGCAGGAUCCGCUUCCUCGGCCUGUUCGACACCGUCAACUCGGUGCCCCAGUUCGAGAACGCGUGGAUGCAGCGCAGCAAGUUCCCCUACACGGCCCGCAGCAGCGCCAGGGUCAUCCGCCACGCCGUCAGCAUCGACGAGAGGCGCGCCAAGUUUCGUCAGGAUCUCAUGUACCAGCGCCGUCCGACCGAUCAUCGUCAUCAUCAUCACCGCCACCCUCACGUGGACCACUUCCUGACCCACUUUCGACAGAGCUUCGAUACCUACCGGUCCGGCACGGCACCUCGUCCUCCAACAGCUUCCACCGCCGACAAACCGGCCGCCGACGGCACUGUCGACACUGAAAAGGAGAGCCGGCCGACGGUCCUGCUGACGCCCGCCGACGGUGAUGAUCGGGCUGGCCGACAGAGGCGGCCGUCCGUCGGCAAUUCUCGCUACGCUCCCUAUCGUCCCCGCUCGAGGUCCUGCCAAGAAGGCAAUCGGUGCGAGGCGGAUGCCGUGUCUUGCGCCUCCGGCAUCGCACCGUCCGAUCUGGAGCAUGACGACGAGGACAAGGACAUCGACGAGCUGUGGUUUGCUGGCAGCCACGGAGAUGUCGGGGGCGGAUGGCAAGGCGUCAACGGCCGCAAGAGCGCAAGCCAUGUGCCCUUGGCCUGGAUCGUCCGCGAGGCGAUGAAGGCCGGCCUGCCAUUCGACAUGGACAAGGUCGCCGAGAUGGGUUGCCUGUGCGAUACGUACAUCCAACAGGCAGCCUCGAGAAAGGAGGACAAGGUGAUUCCGGCCCAGAAUCCGGACAUUCUCGUCCAAGACGAGUCGAACGGAGUGCAGAGCCUCCCGGCCGGCCAGCUCAGCCCGGCGCUUGACAGCGACGACCGUGCCGGGACCGACCGUCGGUCGAGCUUCCACGACAUGAUGCACAUGGCCCACACGUCCGACAUUCACGACUCGCUGCAGUACGGUGGCGGGCUGAGCGGCGUUGCCGUGACGGCCUGGAACUUUAUGGAGUGGCUGCCCUUUCGCCGCAUGGAUCUGCAAGAAGACGGAUCGUGGAAGCCGAUUCGCUGGCCCCUUCCGCGGGGAGAGGUCCGGGACAUUCCGUCAAACGUUCGCAUUCACGGAAGCGUCAUCCGAAGGCUCAACGAGGACGAGAGCUAUCGGCCCGGAAACCUCAUCAUCGGCGGAGGCGGUCGCGGUGUGCGCAAGGCACCGCUCGAGCUUGGCAUUGGCGAGUGGGAGUGCGUUGCCGAGCAUGGCGAUCCGAUUGGCGAGGUUUGGAUGCGUAAGGUAAAGGACAAGGAACAGGACAAGGACAAGGAGACGAACGGUGACUGA